CGUUGCUCCUGGACGGCCCAAUAAGCUCCCAAGACGCCCCAAGAUGGCUCCUGUGGCCAUUUUGGCUCAAGCAAUUUUGGCUCAAGCCACUCGGGCUCCAGGUUGGCUCGAGUGUUUCUGGCGCUCGCCUUCACUUCUUGCACUAUACUUACAGAUCUGUGUUUCAUUAUUUUCGCAGAUGGCGCGUGUUCUAUUGAUCGCCAGCCUAGGCCUGGCCCGCGGUGCGUUCGCACUGACCCCAGCAGGCGACCCCGAGGUUGUGCAGAUGCUGCGGGGCACUCCGUCAACGUCGAUGAUGAGGUUGGGCAGGGAAUUCUUCACGCACGCUGACGUGCCUAUCUACCCCCGCACGAACCAUGGUGACACAGAUGUGCAGCGGAGAAGUGCACCCACAAUGUCGUCGGUGCCAAUCUACCCCCACGCGGUCGAGAGGCACCGGCUGUGGAUUCUCGAGUUGGUUAGCAACGCUACGGAUCAGGAAUUACAGUUUCUUUGCCAGGGGAUCCAGAAUUGUAAGAUGAGCAACCCAGGUUCGGGCGAGUUACCAUUUGUGGUGGUGCGUCUGACACUAGAUGAGCUGAAGUCGCUGCUGGAUGAAUACCCCGUUCUCGUGAAGUUUGCCGAAGAGGAUGUGUUUGAGACCAUGAACCUGGAGCCCAUCUAUGCAGACGACAGUCCACUGGAGCGGCAGACAUACCCAUGGGGCAUCCAGUCCAUCAAGGCUGACGGGAGCCGGGGACGGGGCGUGGGGGUGAACGUGUACGUGCUGGACACUGGCAUUCGCACAACCCACGACUCGUUCGGCGGGCGGGCCUUCGCUGGAGUGGACGUGGCCACCACGGGAAGUUUCACAUUGUGCGCGCCGAGCAGCACGACGUGCGCUGCAGACCGCCAUGGGCACGGCACCCACGUGGCGGGCACGGUGGGGGCCUCGACAUAUGGCGUCGCGGAUGGCGCGACCCUCUGGGCAAUGAAGGUUCUCGACGAUCUUGGGUACGGUUACGUCAUGUGGUCCAUUCUGGCCGAGCAGUGGGUGUUGUCGUCUGGUGCCAGGCCAGCGGUGGUCAGCAUGAGUCUCGUAGGUGUUGGCAGGAGCAUAGCAGAACAGGACUCUAUCGACAAGUUGGUGGAAGAUGGCGUGACCGUGGUGGUGGCUGCAGGGAACCAAAAUACGGAUGCAUGCGGCUACAAUCCGUCUUGGAUCUCGUCAGCGAUCACGGUGGCGUCUUACGGCGGAUCUGUAGGAUCGUCACCCGCCAGAUCGCCCUUCAGCAACUACGGCAGCUGCAUCGACGUCUGGGCUCCGGGCUCAAGCAUCCUCUCGACGUACCACCUCAGCGACACUUCUUUGGGCACGUCGUCGGGUACUUCCAUGGCGUGUCCACACGUCUCUGGACUCGCGGCCAUUAUGUACGAGGCGUACCCAUUGGCUGGGUCCAUGACCGCUUCACAGAGAUGGGGUCUCCUGACGGCCACAAACCGUUCUGGUUGGGUCACAGAGAUUCCUGAGAGUCCUCCCAGUGUCAAUUUGGUAGCUGAGGCAAUCCCACUGAAACCCUCGCCGACAACCUCGUUGACACCCUCGCUGACACCAGCACCGACUUCCUCGUUGACACCAUCGCCGACACCCUCGCCGACACCGUCGCGGUCAACAUCGCCGAUCAAUUUGCCGACACCGUUCCCAACACUGUUGACACCCUCGCCGACACCGUCGCCGACAGCCUCGUUGACGCCCUCGCCGGCACCGUCGCCGAUAACCUCGUUGACACCCUCGCCAGCACCAGCACCGCCGCAAGCACCCGCGCCGACAAAAACGACACCAGCAACGCAAGCGGUCGCAGGCGUGGGAGACCCCCACCUCACCAACAUGUACGGCGAGCGUUUUGACAUCUACCGCACGGGCGUACACGUUCUUUUGCAAAUACCGCGAUGGGCUGGACCGCAGGAGACAUUACUACGCCUGGAAGCCGACGCUAGGCGCAUGGGCCGCAUGGGCGACGCGUGUUCAGAGUUAUAUUUCCAGGCAGUGGGGAUAUCUGGCAUUUGGACAAACCAGAGUCACAAGCUCGAGUUUUCCGCGAAGUCGGAUGACAAGCCAAACAGUAUGAGGUGGACUUUGUUCGGCAAGGUCGAAGUGAAAGUGGUAAACGGUCGCACUCGCCUGGGCCUCGACUACCUCAAUGUCUUUGCCAGGAACAUUGCCCAUACCAAUUAUCCAGUCGGCGGCCUCCUGGGUGAAGACGACCAUAGUUCUGUGACCACUCCUCCGAAAGCAUGCAUCAAGCAGUUGGUUCUUCUGGAGCGGAACGGUCACCCGCAGUUCCAGGCAACAUCCGCCUGACCAUAAUGACGCCGUCUGCACACGACGUGAUUCGUUUUGCCACCUGCUGCCCGCUAUGAGCGGCCAUGCGUUGACCAACCUCGAGCAUUCCCCUUAAAGUUUGUUACACUUCCUUCUUCGCUCUAUGUUUAUUCCGUUGCGCCAUGCGGUUGGCAUGUCGCACGGUUUACAUUUUGUCUGCACCAGUGGCGGCAUUGCGGUCCCGCACGAUCGUCAUUGUGGUUUUGUUGUUGUGCAUGUUGCACAUGCGGUCGCACCAGUUGUUGGAGACGUGGUGACCAGCCUCGCGUCCAUUGGCAACCGCCGCCGCCGCUGGAACUGCGUUGGAAACAUUACCCUGUCGAAGGGCCCAACCAUGUGAAGCUACGGGUACCGCGAGGCAAGUGAGAAGACGAAGGGGGCGCAUGCGGACCCUGCCACUCGGACCUUCGGUGGAGCCCCCUAUGGGGGCACGAACCGUGUGAGAGUUGUGCC